GAUCCGCUUAUCCGCUUUAAGGUGCAGUGACGUAUCACAUGUGAUAUGAUAGAGUAAUAUGAGUAGCAAGCGUAGUAUCAGGCGAGUUAAUAGAAUAUUACGCCUGUUUUUAUGUGUGUUCUUUGAAUUGUUCACGAUUGUAUAAGCAACAUCCACAAUAAAAUAACAUAAAAAGUACGAAGCAAAAUGAGAUAUUUACUUACACCAUUAAAAUUUUGCACGUGUAACUUAAGGUUUCUUCUGGAGAGAUGUGUAGGAAGAGUCAUCGUAUGUACAAAGAGUGAAGGGAAAGAGAACCUCAAAAUUAUGGGGACAUCUUCCGUAUUAAGUGUGUAUUUGAAGAGAAGUUGUCAUUCGACGAAUGUGCAGAACAUGCCACAGGAUAACGACAGCACAACUGAACAAAAUAGUACUGAAAAUUCUGAUUUCACAAGCAUUACGAACAGUGAUCCUGUUCUUGAAAAGAAGUUAAAAAUAUUGUUCCUAGAAGUUGAAGUGCUCCGACAGAGUGGGUAUAGGGUACCAGAUAGUGUAAAACUUGGCCAAUGGAAGGAACUUCUUGAAAUGGAGACUAGAUCAAGAAGACGGAAAUAUCUAUCAUAUCUCUUUGGAGUUGAAAAGAAGCAAGAAAAUAGAAAGAAGAAGAAGGAUGAAGCGAAGCAAAAGAGAGAAGAUGCAAUGAAUACAGCACCUGAAAAUACCCACAUCAGAUAUGGACUUGGUCAUAAUACAAUAUUGAUUCGUGUGUAUGAUAAUACAAUUAAUCAUUUUUAUCAUAGUAGACUUAUACAGGCAAUGCAGUUCAGUCAAAAGCUUGUGAUAGAUUGCAGUUACGAUUCUCACAUGACAUCACGAGAAGCUCAGAAUUGUGGAAAACAAUUAAUGCUUAUGUUUUCAGAUAAUCGUAUUCAUGAUAAUCCAUUUGACCUAUAUUUGUGCAAUGCCAGACGUGAAAGUAAUACCAUUAAACAAUUAGUGAAGUGUAUCCCCACCAUUUAUGAUUUAGAUUUCCCAAUUAACAUCACAGAGAAAAGCUACCUAGAUCUUUUCCCGAAGGAAAAUAUUGUGUAUCUCACUCCCCACUGCCGAGAAGACCUGAGAGAAUUUGACCAUGAUGCUAUAUACAUCAUUGGUGCAAUGGUUGACAAAGGUAAUAAUGAACCCUUGUCUCUUGCCAAAGCUAAACGAGAAGGACUGAAAAUGGCGAAAUUACCAUUGGACAGAUAUUUAAUGUGGGGAUCUGGUGGUUCCAAGUCCCUGACUCUAAACCAGAUGAUGCAAAUUCUGUUGGAUAUUCGAGCAACUGGUAGUUGGGAUAAAGCACUACAGCAUGUACCUAGGAGGAAGAUAAUCACUACUCCUGAACUACAAGAACAGUGUUCGAAGAAGGUAGAGAGGCCAAAACGACAGUUACGCUACACCAUUAAAGACACAUCAAAGUAUUGCUGACAUUUAUCUCUCUUUUGCAUGGGAAAGAGUGAAAUGGAUAUGAUUUUAUUGCCAUGGAUGAAAAAAUCCAGUAUGUAGGCAAGUAUAAGUGUUGCACAAGCAAAUAGAAUGUUCUAAAAAUAGUGACACUGUGGAAUGUUGUAGCAAUGCAGUGAAAUCUCAAUGUGAUACAAGUUGGGGAACAGCUGAAGCACCCAUGUUAUGUAGGCUACCUGUCUGAUUUAAGGUCUUAACAGCAGUGCCUGUCUUCUGGGAUAUGCCAUAUAGUCUGGUGAAAGUCGGCUGAUGUUUCAAAGGAACA